GCGGAUUUGUAUUAGGUGGGAUCAUAAUAUUUUCGUCGUUAGUAAGUUUAAUAGGGUACUCGAAUCCAUUACGACGAAAAAAAUGGCUUUCAGCUCAUGCUGUAUUGAUUAUUAUCACCAUAAUUUUAUUAUUAAGUCUGGGUGCAACAAUUUGGUUCGAGACCUUGGAAGAACAAAGGACUUAUAGCGAUGAAUGGGAAGAUUAUGGUUCGGAAACGAAGGUUAUGGUGGAAGAUACUUUAAAAUGCUGUGGUUGGCAAGACACUAGCCUUUUCACCCCAUCAAAUUAUUGCAACCAACAAAGUGCAUCGGGCAACAGCACAGUUCCAUGUGUGGGCCCCCUAAUCAACGCAAUCGAUAAGACGAUGCGUCAAUUGUUCACCACGUUAUUUGGGUUCAUAGGCAUCGACAUUCUUAUCUUUUUCGCUACCAUUAUUUUGGUGCAAGCGAGUAAUGUCGAAGAACGAUACCGAAAGAUUGAUGAAAAACAUGCGGGAGUUGACCGUGCCCUGAGACGGCAGUAUGUUUGA